AUGCUGCAGCUUUGCGGCGAGCGGCGCAACAACUCGGCGAUGUCGCAGCGGCUGUCGCAGCGAAGCCCACGCCGGCGCGAGCGCAGCGGAUCCGACGGCGGGCAGCCCGCCGUAGAUGAGGGGAAGGAGCAGCACCGCCAGGUGGCCGUGGUCGAGACGGUGAGCGCGGCCGAGGUCCUCGCGAACGUCGCGGAAUACGGCCCGAACUACGUCCUGCCGCAGGCCACGGAGUCUAAGACGGCGCGGCGGAAACGGCUGCGCGUGGACGCGGCGGCGAGGAUCGCCGGGCACGCUGUCGUCGAGACUGGCACGCACGUGGAGAUCCUGGGCGAGCAGAGGUGGUGGCCGGGCACCAUCACGGGGCGGGAGGAGGGUUCGGACGGCCGGCUCGUGCACGCGGUCGAGUACGACGGCUACCCCGACCAGGAUUUCCGGCUCAACUUAGAGGAAGAGACGUGGAGGCGGGUGACGCUCGGCGCCGGCGGCGCGGCCCCCACCAGCGGCGAGGACAGCGGCGGCGAGGGCAGCGACGAGGCUGCGGACGCGCUGCCGGCCAGCGCGACCGACAUCGGCAGCGCGGUCGCCACCGGCGGUGAGGGGAGCGGCGUCGAGGGGGGCGGCGGCGAGGCUGGGGACGCGCCGCUCCCACUGCACGCCCGCUCGGGGCGGAGGAGGGUGCGGCGCAGCGCCGUCAUGGAGCUUCUUCGUGCGCGAGACGAGGACGAGCAGGACGAGGCCAUGCUGCCGCACGGCGCUAAGCACUCGAGGGCGCUGCGCGAGGUGCGCCGCCGUCUGCGCGAGUACUUGAGUGAGCAGGCGGAGAAGGGGCAGGACGUGCCGAUGAUGCGGACGGCUCGAGGCCUCCACCCGACCGUUCGGCGAGUGGCUGGCGUCGACGCGAAUUCGUGA